AUGGCUGACGUUGCACCCGCUGGAGAACGUGGAGGAUUUGGACGUGGCCGUGGUGGUCGUGGAGGACGUGGUCGUGGUCGUGGCCGUGGUCGUGAAGAAUCCAAGGAAUGGGUUCCUGUGACUAAACUUGGUCGUCUCGUAAAAGAAGGCAAAAUUGGGUCACUGGAAGAGAUUUAUCUCUUUUCUUUGCCCAUUAAGGAGUGCGAGAUUGUCAAUUACUUCUUGGAGUCUUCACUUAAGGAUGAAGUGAUGAAGAUUAUGCCCGUGCAAAAGCAAACGACAGCUGGUCAGCGUACACGUUUUAAAGCUUUUGUGGCUGUGGGCGAUAGCAAUGGCCAUAUUGGUCUUGGUGUUAAGUGUGCCAAGGAAGUUGCAACGGCUAUCCGUGGUGCCAUUAUUUUGGCCAAGAUCUCUCUUGUCCCUGUCCGUCGUGGCUACUGGGGUCGUAUGGUUGGUGCUCCACACACUGUGCCCAACAAAGUAACGGGCAAGUGCGGUUCCGUUCGUGUUCGUCUCAUCCCAGCCCCUCGUGGUACUGGUCUGUGUGCUGCACCUGUGCCUAAGAAGUUGUUGGGUAUGGCUGGUAUUGAAGACUGUUAUACUUCAGCUCGUGGUCACACGCGUACAAUGGGUAACUUUGUGAAAGCCACUUUCUACGCCCUGCGUGCCACGUAUGCGUACCUGACCCCAGACCUUUGGGAGCAGCACACGUUUGGGCCUUCACCGUACCAGGAGCACACGGAUUUCUUGGCAAAGACUGCUAUUAAGAAGUAA